AUGGCUAGAGCUUUAGUUCAGUCAAUAAACAUUCCAUCUUCAGUUGCUGUUACUGGUGAAAGGGAUGGACAAUUCAAUGGAUCCCGGAAAAAUCAAACAAGUGUUAGAAUGAUAUGUGAUGUAAAAUUUCCUUCCUUAAAGCUGAAGAGUUUUGUAGGACUGCGAGGGUGCAAUGUAUUAGAUGCAAAAUCUGGAGAAACUCUCCAUUCAAAAGUGGCAGCUGCAACUUUUGUCAAACAGUGUCGAAUUGUCCCAAAAGCAAUGUCUGAGCAGCGCAACACCAAGAAAGCAGUAAAAGUAAUUAUGCUUGCACAAGAAGAGGCCAGACGACUAGGUCACAAUUUAAUUGGGACAGAACAAAUUCUGUUGGGUCUUAUUGGUGGUACUGCUGCUAAGGUUCUUAAAUCCAUGGGAAUUAAUUUGAGAGAUGCUCGUAUUGAAGUAGAGAAGAUUACUGGUGUGGCUGCUCGUGUUCUUGAAAACUUGGGUGCUGACCCCCCCAAUAACAUUUACAAACAGGUCUUACGGAUGGUUGGCAAGAGUAAUGUGGCUGUUGGUGCUAGUGUUGGAGGUGGAACUCCAGGCCCAAAUAUCUUUUUUUUUGAUAUUGAAGAAGAUAAUUAG